AUCCUUCCUCUCGUUUGGCCAACAGUCGCUACGGUGUUCACUUUCUGUACGCAGCAUGUUUGGAUGAGCUGCGCAACGCGAAGGCAUGCUUCUGCAGUACUCGCUCGUGGCCCUCUGUCUGGCCCCUCUGUCCAUCGCUAUCAGAUUCCAGGGCCGCGGUAGCGCAGACCACACGGCCGCCCCCUACUUUAACAUCACAACAAAUGUCGAAUCUGCGAUAGCAACGGCGACUGCUGCGCCGGCAGUGUCUUUAUCCAGUUACUAUAUCGCUGGCACAGCAUCCUCCAGCGGCUAUCAGGAUCCCAGGCCUACCGGGACGGGACUGGUAGGUGGCUCUAAUGUCCAAAAUUCUACGCGAAGCAACGCAUCAUGCACUGUGCAUAUUCCGGGGGCGAACAUCAAGUCGUGGUUUCCUGUGACCUUCCUCCAGCCGAUCGCUACGAUCACUAAUAAAUGGGGUAACUACUCGCAUUCGAGGACCUACACAUUCGUGCCACACACGACAACCUUUAACGCCGCGAGCGCCCUCGAGACUGAGGCGUUAUGCACCUAUGGAUGGAAUACGUACACCGACUGGGACUGGACGGCCUGGGAAUGUCUUCCGUACACUGAGAAACCGACUGCCGCCAGCACCGCUACGGUCUUCAGAUCGGCUGUUCCACCGGUGCCGGCGGGUAACACGAUGUAUCAGUACGACGUCUGGGAGUACGACAUCGCGCUCACAGAGCUUCCCUCGCCGACCACAGCCAUCUCCGUCGCUCCAAACUCUACAUCUCUGGAGACGAUGCCGACCCCGUAUGUUGAGAUCACGGCUUACGAGGUCGAGCGCGGGAACAGCACCGAGACCGUGCAGUUGAGCUCCGUCUACCUGCAGUCCUACGGCGAAGGCAUUGGGAAUAGUGCUGUAGCCACCGGUUCGGUACCCGCUGGAUUCCUGGAGCAGAUCCCGCAGUCCACCUGCGUGGGCGGAAGUCUGCAAGCCGUGGUCACGGUGCUCAUCUUCGUCGAGAUGUUCUACCUCCACUACGCCCACUUCGAGCCCGGCGAUUUUCACUGGGAGUCGUCAGCUCCUGGCUGGGAAGUCGAGGCUCCGUGGGGGGUCGCGGACCCGACGUCGACCUAUCUGGUGCCAACCGUGGCGGAUUGGGAUCUGUCUGCAACGACCGCGCCGGCAGAGGUGGAGUUCACCAAGGCGGGAAGUCCGGUAACGGCAAGACCUGGCGUGGUCGAUGGGUCCAACAAACAGACUAAGCCACCGCCAACACGCACUGUGGGGAACGUUGGCACGGCUCCUGUGGUGGUAGGCCCGUCUUCUGUUGUUGUGGUGGGCUCGCAGACUUUGAUACCGGGAGGCCCGGCUGUGACCGUUGGCGGCACGCCUGUCGCCCUGGCUCCGUCAGGGGGCGCGAUUGUAGUGGGAGGGACGUCAUUGCCGCUGCCUCAGCACCAGAAUCCUGCGCACCAGCAGACAGUCGGAUCGCUUGGGACAGUCCCGGUAGUGGUUGGGCCUUCGUCUAUCGUGGUCGUUGGCACCCACACACUACGGCCUGGAGGUACGCCCGUUGCGAUCGCACCCGGGACCACUGUGUCGCUUGCGCCCUCCGGUGCGGCGCUGGUCGUGGGGGCUACGACUUCGCUGCUGCCGCAAAACCCAGGACCCGCGCCCCCGGUGUUGACGAUCGGGUCUACGACGUUUGUCCCCAACGCUGCCACCCAGUUUCUUGUCGCGCCUGGGCAAACCCUGACGCCUGGCGGCACUGCUGUUGUUGAUGGGACGGAGGUUAGCCUUGACGCCUCGGCUGCCUUUGUGGUGGUAGGCAGCUCAACACAGAUGCUGGCGUCGCCAAGCCAUGUAGCAGGAGAGUUCCACAACGCACUACCAGAGUUGGUGUUCGGUGGGUCAACGUUCACUGCUCUACCUACAGGUAGUAUAUUAGACACCUCCCCGGGCAGCAGUCCCGGUGAGAACACACCUCACCAGAACCAGGACAUCCAGAACGGCCAAGCAGGAAACGGCCCGACCUUCGUUAUAUCAGGCCAGACCCUCGCACCAGGCGGCGCACCCAUCACAGUCUCAGGCUCAACGCUCUCUCUAGCCCCAUCCGGAGCAUUUCUGGUAAUCGACGGAUCGACGACGACCCUCGCCACACCAGCUGCAGCCGCAGCAGCCCACACCACACCGCCCCCGCUAACAAUCGGCAACGGCGUCUUCAAACCCCUCCCCGGAACAGGCACAACCUACCAAAUCGGCACUGCCCAGCUCACCCCCGGCGGCCGCAUCCUCGUCGCCGGCACCACCCUCUCCCUCGCCCCCGGCGCCACAGCCCUCGUCGUCAACGGCGCCACCACCCUCCUCUCCGCAGAACCGCAGCCCGUUACUACGGAGGCCCCGCUGCUCACGAUCGGCAGCCAGAUAUACACCGCCGCGCCAGGCGGCACCACGUUCGUUAUCCGCGGGCAGACGCUCACCCCCGGCGGGACUGUUACGGUGGAUGGGACGACGAUUGUGCUCGCGCCUGGGGCUACGAGGGUUGUGGUCGGGAGUCAGGGGCGGAGUACGACUGUGACGCUGUUCCCCGCGACCACGACGCGGGAUGCGCCCCUGACGACGACGACGACGGCGGCGGAGGCGAGCGAGCGCGAGCGCGGUGGCGAGGGGGUUGCGGCGACGAGUUCGAGAGGGGCGGCGGCGGCGGCGGCGCGGGCUCCUCCUGCUGCUGCGGCGGCGGCGCUGCUGGGGGUUGGGGGGGUGGGGUGGUGGGUUGGGGGUUUUUGA